GUAAUUGAAAUCCUCAAGAAGUGUGCCGUCAAGAUAACAACAUCUAGCACUAAAGAAAGGAGAUAUAUUUGCGAAGAACUCCUCGUCCCUUGCAUCAAAAGAGAUGGUGAGUAAUAUUCCUUUCUGAUACCAUGAUUUUACGGGCCAUUGUUCCUUGAAUUGUAUUAAUUUGAUAGAGUUUUAUCAUGCUAUAGAAUUAUUGUAAGAUCGCGUGCAUACGGUCAUUAAGUAAUACACAAACAGACGAUGUUGUUGUUAUGCGUUGGUUGUCACGUGGUCCAUAUGAAGGUAUUGCACCACCAAAAAUGAGGAAAGGAAUUUUCGAUUGUUUUAAAGGUGUGCUUCUUUCCUGUCUCAAAAACUAAUUUUGUCGUCAGUUCUAUCAAUUUAUUUAUUUAGUGUAAGUUAGUGUAAUAAAAAUGCAUAAGUUACCUGCAAAUAUUUUACAGUUGUUCAUGCUGGAGGGGGGAGGUAGGGAGUUCAUUUUCCUGAGCGGACGUUUUUCUAGUAGAUAAAUAUUUAUCUUUUGGAAAGGUCUGUCAAACGUUUCAACAACUGAGCCUGUUUUAUAGUAAUGAAGACCUACUACUGGCACCAGUUGUUCAAAAGGUGGAUAAUACUAUCCAGUGGAUAGUGCAAUAAUAAUUGUUAUUGGUUUCCCCAACACUUAUGCACUGGAUAGUGAUUUAUCGGGUGGAUAUUGCUAUCCAAUGUUUGAACAACUGGAGCCUUUACUAGUCUUAAGUGACCAGGGAUGUAGCUUAAAUUUAUAACAGACGGGAAAUGGCAUUUGAUAGGCAUGUGAUAUGAGAAGAAAACAGUUGCAAUUUUUAUCAGCCAGAAAAAAUACGUUGAGAGUCCGGUAUUUUCCCCGGCUCCCGGCUACUAUCUACAUCCCUGAAAUUAGUCCAAUUUUAGUCUUGAUCUGAUAUAGAAGAGGAGCAAAAUAUUAUGUAGAGGUGGCUAGGUGAAUAGGAUUUUUGAGGCAAGACAUAGUGUUAAUUUCUUCUAUUUUGUAGAUUUUUCUGAGGCUGGAGUGAAAGCAGUGAUCAAACUGAUUUACUUGACUUUGCACUGUUACAGGUAAUUGAUAUUCUUGUUGUUUCAAUAACUGGUUAGUCUUUGACUGCCAGUAAGGAAUGUGGUUAAUGACCACUAAUGGAUGAGGGGAAAACCUUAAUUAUACCUUAGGCAUAACAUGUCUAUGACAUUUUCCAAAAAAAUCUCCAUAUGGCUUCCAUUAAAGCUAUGUCCCAGGGAAUGCCAUCUCCAUGCAGGAGUCAAUUUAAUAACACUUUUACAAGUGUAAUUUACAAGUGUAGCUGUUGUUUUUAGGCUCUUAAACAAUAGCUACACUUGUAAAUUACAAGUAUAAAAGUUUUAUUAAUUUGACCCCUAGGUAUACAUAACCAAUAGUAACUUAACUCCUACUUCUUAGCAAGCCCUAGGAGUGAGUCCAUAAAGCCUGCUGUAAUUAGGUUUAUCUUAAUAUUGUUCCUCAAUAACAGACUCUUGUUACAAGACAAUACUUUUAGGUGUAACUUGAUUUAGUAGGACUUUGUGAAUCCACCUCUGAUGCAAUGGCAGAAGGUUGAAGGGGGGGGGGGGGGGGGGGGGGGGGAGCGAGAACGAAAAAAACGGUUUUGUAUUUUUAGAGAGAAAAAAAAAACCUUCUCCUUUUUUUAAAAAAAAACAAUUUUUUUGUGAUGGAGGCAAAUAGUAGACGGGUGACAAAGAAAAGUCUUCGUNCUCUUCUCACUUUUGAAAAGAUAACCAUUUUAGUUGAGUGGAGCAAACUUCUGACUGGAGUCAGAAAGAUAAUGCCUCUUUGUAGAGCUGCUUUCAAUUUGGAAAAUGAAUUUUAUUGCCUCCAAAUUAGCAAUCCACUUCCAGAAAAUCUUUAAUUUUGCCAUGAUUAUCAUAGUGAGCAAUGUACUCUACAAAGCUGUCUCUGAGAUUUUUGUUGAUCUUUUCCAGAGAUAACCAAUCAAGAAAAGCAGUUGAAGAGGUUCUUAGAUUGCUUGUGGAGAAACAUGGUAAUAUCUUACAAAUGAAUUUCUUGAACACUCUCUACUUUUCAUGGCAUUAAAGGAGCUGUGUCACGAAAUUCAGCCAAAUUAGGAAAUUGCAAAAUGCCUGUUAAAUUAAGAGAAACAUAAAAAUAACUGCUUAAAACUUUAAAGGAAGGUUAAAAUAACAUAACAGAAACAACAGAUGCCACGGAUGGGCAAAACUGAAAAAGAUUGAAACGGAUUGAAAUUAGGGUUUUUGAAAACUGUUCAGCCUAACAGUUUUUCAAAGUUGAUCCCUGCUACUUGCAACUUCAAAAAUAAUGCUCAGGAGACAUAUUUGUUUGUCUCGGAUCUCUGAUUUUGUCAUUUACAUGUAAUUUCUUUGCUUACUUUAAGUUUCAUAGCGAUUGAGGGCGAGUAAUUGGCAAAAUAAAACAAAAUGAACUGGACUGCUGUGACACAGCCCCUUUAAAGCCAGAUACUCUGGCACCUCGAUAUAACAACUUCAAGGCCAAGGGACUGACAAAAUCAGUUUGCUAUAACGAGGUUUCGUAAUAUCGAGGUUAUUUCAUAUAUAUUACUGUUACUGGGGUCAAGAAAAUAGUUUGUUAUAUACAUGUAGAGGUCGUUAUAUUGAGGUUCCACUGUAUCCAACAGGAACCCACCAUAUGGCCUCUUUAUUUAUACUGUCAACUCCAUGCUAUGUCCACUUUGAUUUGUUCCAACAAAACAGUCAUACAUUUUCUUCGGGGAAACUCCAUAAGUGUGAUCAGCAUCUACAUUCUGAAAUCCACCAUGUGUAUUCCUUUAUAAAUUGACUUUAUAAAUUGACUUCGUUAACACAGCCACUCCAACAAAAUUUGCCUUUUAAGGGCACACAAGAAAGAAAGGAAAAACUCUUGUAAAACAAUAUUGAGGAUUACAAUGAGGAUGUCUACAUUUGCAGAAGAAGGUUUAAAGGCUGUUCACCAUUCAUUUAUUUGUAUCACAAUAUUUGUCUUGCUCAAGAUUUCUUUUAAAUUAUUUGAAGUCUGUGAAAUUUCAUAUUGUUUUCUUCAAAAAUAAACAGUUUCUUUCUAUAUUCAACUAUGUAAUAGGACCCUUACAAUCCAAACAAGAAAAGAAAGCAGCUACUAAAUGUAUAUAUGACCCUAUGCUGCUAAUUUGGUCCCUUGUUACAGUGGGAUAUACAGGGAUGUCCCCCCUGUAUACAGCCAAAUUCUCAUGGCCCAUUAGUGGCUGUAUUGAUGGAGCUAUAUUGUAAAAUAGAUUUAAAGAAUUUAAUGUCAGCGUGCAAAGAAAGUAGUGUCCGAUAGCCUAGGGCUAGUGGAUUUUGCUAUCGGGCUAGUGAAUUCUGUUUUUAACUUGCCCGACGGCUAAGUGAUGUUCUUUGAGGAAUUUGAAUAACAGAAGAAGUGUGAAAUCAAUUUUGCUCGACGAAAAGCUUUUGGGGCUAGUUGAAAUGACGUCUGGGCUAGUAAAUGCUAGCUUCAGCUUGCCCGAAUGGCAAGCUGUAAAAAUGAUUUUCUUUGCACCCUGAAUGUACUGUUUACUAUUGAAACAGGUACAAGUGCUGUGAAGUAUUUUUGCCUAUCAUUCUCUGAUGUAGAAAAACAACUUACUUCUUCCCCACAUAGGUAAGAAUCUGUUAUGAUUGAUUUUAACCUAUACAUGUGAUUCAGUAACAGACUGCAGAAGUGAUAUUUUUAUUGUACUAGCAAUUGACCAAUAAUCAUCUCAUUGGGUGGUGAUUUGUAUUAGCCCCGACUCCAGCACCUAAUUCUUAACAGGAUGGGAACACGGAGAAAUCCAUAUUACUAAAUUAUGAUUUGUAAGAAAGCAUAAUCCCUGUGUUGAAGUCUCUCCUUUACCUCUCCUUACCUCUCCACCACAUAUUCAUGACCGCUUUAAUUUCAUCCUUCCUUCGAUCUCUACAACACCUUCCUCCUUCUCUCUUCAGGACACCCUCUGCCUCUUCUCUCAUAACACAUGCCCCUUUCCUCUCCAUGACACCUUCCUCCUACCCUCUUUAUGACAACUUCUCUCUUUCUUCUCCAUGACACCUUGUCUUUCCCUCUCCAUGAUUCAUUGUAUGCUCACCAUUUGCACAAACCACCUGGUUGAGAGUCUUGUCGAUAAAGUUUGACCCUGUUGGAAAGGACCCACCACACUUUUUCAAUUGGGAUUUUCUCAAGUAAAUGAAGGGCACCCCUUCUCUCCUUAAAUCGUCUAUACACCCUCCAACUUCACUGUCUUGAUGACACCUGCCUCUUUUCUUUCUAAUGACACCUUUCCCCUAUCCCCUUCAUGAUUCCCCCUUACCUCUCCAUAUCACCUUUCCUUAUUCUCACUCUGUGCUGGCCACUUUCCCCUCUCUUCUUUCUUUGUCACCCCCAUGCCACCUUUCUCCUUUGCCCCUUCCAGUUCAACUGUUGGAUAGCACUAUCCACUAGAUAAUAAUCUAUCCAGUGGAUAACGCAAUUGUUUUCAUAAAUACUUGUCCACUGGAUAGUGAUCUAUCCAGUGGAUAACGCUAUCCAACAUUUGAACAACCGGGGCCUGAGGAAUAAUUCUACUUCUUACAAUAUCUUUUACAGUCCCUUGAGUUAUUAAAAAAACUAUAAUAAUUCUUAUUUUCUCCUGGAAUAAAUUAUUGUAUUGACAUUUUGUGUGGAUUUACCUUCAGUUAUGUGACCAGUGGAUCAAACUUGGUACCUCUGUGCUGGUCUUGUGUGCUAGUUCGACAUGUUUAUAGCAACACCGACUUGUGUAAUGAUGCACAAUGGAAUAGGCUGGUUGCAGUACAGUGUCUGGUACUCCAUGGCGUUCUGUCUGCUGGGACAGCUCCUGUCUGUGCAUCUGCCAGGAAAAAGUUACACAAAGUUUGGAGGGAGGUAUAG